AUGGCUAACGUUGUUCAAGCUAAGGAUAACUCUCAAGUUUUCGGUGUUGCUAGAAUCUUCGCUUCUUUCAACGACACUUUCGUGCACGUCACUGAUUUGUCCGGUAGAGAAACUAUCGCCAGAGUUACUGGUGGUAUGAAGGUCAAGGCCGACAGAGACGAAUCUUCUCCAUAUGCUGCCAUGUUGGCUGCCCAAGAUGUUGCUGCCAAGUGUAAGGAAGUUGGUAUCACUGCCGUCCACAUCAAGAUCAGAGCUACUGGUGGUACUAGAUCCAAGACUCCAGGUCCAGGUGGUCAAGCUGCUUUGAGAGCUUUGGCUAGAUCCGGUUUGAGAAUCGGUCGUAUCGAAGAUGUUACUCCAGUUCCAUCUGACUCCACCAGAAAGAAGGGUGGUAGAAGAGGUAGAAGAUUAUGA